AGGUGUACUGCGGAGUGGUGGGUGGGGAGAGCGCUUCUCUCACAUUUUGUCCACACGAUUCAGAGCAUGGCUCAUUGUACAACCCUGCUCAUUCAUUUAAGAGCUAUGGGCGGUUUCUGACUUCAUUUUCUCUACCACGACGAGUGACUGGCUCACUUAGCUAAAGUUACGUCUAUUCUCUGUCCGCCUCGUCUUGACAGUUAGGGCUGAAGAACGAUAGCAGAGCAGCAACACGGUUCUUGAGUUCAGUAUCGGUUUUAUUUUUGAAUUUGAGAGAAAAGUGUUCGGAGUGACUGAAGAGACGAGACGGCUGUGAGUAAAACCCGGGGAUCUGACAUUCACUUGAAUGAAUCCAGUGCUAGGAUUGAGCCUAAUUGCGGAGAACAGCACUGAGGACUGAUUUGUGCACUGUAGGUUGAAGGCGGUGGGCAGUGACGGUGUGAGGGUCAUGAUGGAGAGUGCCCUGACAGCCAGGGAUAGGGUGGGGGUGCAGGACUUUGUCCUGCUGGAGAAUCACACCAGUGAAGUGGCCUUCAUUGAAAACCUGCGCAAGCGCUUCAAAGAGAACCUCAUAUAUACAUAUAUUGGGUCAGUGCUGGUGUCUGUGAAUCCUUAUAAGGACCUAGAGAUCUACACCAAGCAGCAUAUGGAGCGAUACAGGGGCGUUAACUUCUACGAAGUCUCUCCCCACAUUUACGCUGUAUCUGAUAAUGCUUAUCGCUCCAUGCGGACGGAGAGGCGGGACCAGUGUAUGUUGAUCUCAGGUGAGAGUGGUGCUGGAAAGACAGAGGCAUCUAAAAAGGUUCUGCAAUACUACGCUGUUACCUGCCCUGCCAGUGAGCAAGUGCAGACCGUGAAAGACCGUCUAUUGCAGUCCAACCCUGUCCUGGAGGCCUUUGGGAAUGCAAAAACAUUGCGUAAUGACAACUCCAGCCGUUUUGGUAAAUACAUGGACAUCCAGUUUGACUUCAGGGGCGCUCCGGUUGGGGGUCACAUCCUGAACUACUUACUGGAGAAAUCACGUGUGGUGCACCAGAGCCAUGGGGAGAGAAACUUCCACAUCUUCUACCAACUCAUUGAGGGAGGAGAGGAGGACCUGCUGAGGAGACUGGGCCUAGAGAGAAAUACACAGCAGUAUCAGUACCUUGUCAAGGGUAAUUGUCCCAAAGUGAGCUCCAUUAAUGACCGCAGUGACUGGAAGUUGGUGAGGAAAGCCCUGAGUGUCAUUGGAUUCAGUGAUGAUGAUGUAGAGGAGCUACUGAACAUUAUUGCCAGUGUGCUACACUUGGGGAAUGUGCAGUUCGGGGGAGAGGACAGUGGCAAUGCCUACAUUACCACAGACACACAGAUUAAAUACUUAGCUCGGUUGUUAGGUGUAGAUGGCUCAGUUCUCAAAGAGGCUCUCACACAUAAGAAGAUUACAGCUAAAGGAGAAGAGCUGAUGAGCCCUUUGAAUCAGGAGCAGGCUUCCUCAGCACGAGAUGCUUUAUCUAAAGCCAUAUAUGGCCGCACCUUCACCUGGCUAGUCAACAAAAUCAACGACUCUCUUGCCUUCAAGGAUGACUCCUUCAGCAGUAAGAAUGCCUCUGUCAUUGGCCUCUUGGAUAUCUAUGGUUUUGAAGUCUUCCAGAACAACAGUUUUGAGCAGUUCUGCAUCAACUACUGCAAUGAAAAGCUGCAGCAACUGUUCAUCGAGCUGACCCUGAAAUCAGAGCAAGAGGAGUAUGAAGCCGAGGGAAUCACGUGGGAGCCAGUGCAAUAUUUCAAUAACAAGAUUAUUUGUGAUCUUGUGGAGGAGAAGUUCAAAGGCAUCAUCUCAAUCUUGGAUGAGGAAUGCCUCAGGCCAGGAGAUGCCAGUGACAUCACUUUUCUGGAAAAGUUGGAGGACACAGUGGGAGGCCAUGUCCAUUUCCUAAGUCAUAAGUUGGCUGAUGGAAAGACCCGGAAGGUGAUGGGCCGAGAUGAGUUCAGGCUGCUGCAUUAUGCAGGAGAAGUCAACUACAGUGUGAAUGGCUUUCUGGACAAGAACAAUGACCUCCUCUUCAGAAAUUUGAAGGAGGUUAUGUGCAUGUCAGAAAACAAGAUUCUCACUCAGUGUUUCGACCGAGAAGAGUUAACGGAUAGGAAACGACCAGAAACGACGGCUACCCAGUUUAAGAACAGCCUGGCCAAGCUGAUGGAAAUCCUGAUGUCCAAGGAGCCGUCGUACGUGCGCUGCAUCAAACCCAACGAUGCCAAACAGGCUGGGCGUUUUGAUGAAGUUCUGAUUAGACAUCAGGUGAAGUAUCUGGGGCUGAUGGAGAACCUGCGCGUGAGGAGAGCUGGUUUUGCCUACCGUCGGCGCUAUGAAGUCUUCCUGCAGAGGUAUAAGUCCUUGUGUCCAGACACCUGGCCCAAUUGGGAUGGGCGCUUGGUUGAUGGAGUUUCCACACUUGUCAAGCACCUGGGCUACAAGCCUGAGGAGUACAAACUUGGCAGGUCCAAAAUCUUCAUCCGUUUUCCAAAGACAUUGUUUGCAACAGAAGAUGCCUUAGAAGUCAGAAAACACAGUCUUGCAACCAAGCUUCAAGCAUCCUGGAAAGGCUACAGUCAGAAAUCUAAGUACCGUAAAUUGCGGCACUCAGCCAUCCUGAUCCAGGCCUGGUGGAGAGGUAUUCUGGCCCGCAGGAGAGCACAGCGCAGAAGAGAAGCUGCUGACACUAUCCGCAGGUUCAUCAAAGGAUUCAUGUACCGUCACCAACCCCGCUGCCCUGAGAAUGAGUACUUCCUUGACUAUGUGCGCUACUCCUUCUUAAUGAAGCUGCACAGGAACCUGCCCAAAACAGUACUGGACAAAAGCUGGCCAACACCCCCACCUGCCCUCAUUGAGACAUCAGAGCACCUCCGCAAGCUGUGCAUGCAGAACAUGGUGUGGAAAUACUGCAAGACCAUCAGCCCAGAGUGGAAGCACCAGUUGGAGCAAAAGAUGGUGGCCAGUGAAAUAUUUAAGGACAAAAAAGACAACUACCCUCAGAGUGUACCCAAGUUGUUUGUGGGCACAAGACUGAAUGGGGAGGAUAUCAACCCUAAAGUACUUCAGGCUCUGGGCACUGAGAAGAUGAAGUAUGGUGUUCCAGUGACUAAAUAUGACAGGAAAGGAUAUAAAGCUCGGGCACGACAGAUGCUACUGACUGGCAGCAGUGUAUUUAUAGUGGAGGAUACCAAGCUGAAGCAGCGCAUUGACUACAGUGCAUUGAAAGGGAUUUCUGUCAGCUCCCUCAGUGACGGCAUGUUUGUCCUCCAUGUUCCUUGUGAAGACAACAAACAGAAGGGUGAUGUGGUGCUUCAGAGUGAUCAUGUGAUCGAGACUUUAACCAAAGUUGCAAUCUGUGCCGAUAAGAUCAACAGCAUCAACAUCAACCAGGGAAGCAUAAAGUUCACAGUUAGUCAAGGAAAAGAGGGGAUCAUUGACUUCACGUCCGGCUCCGAAUUGCUGAUUGCCAAGGCUAAGAACGGGCACCUUUCUGUGACUGCCCCUCGCCUCAACUCAAGAUGAUGAACUCAACGUGACCAAUGACUUCCUGCAUCCUCACAGGAUGUCCUUCCAGAUAUGCUCUCCAAUACACCAAUCAUACAACUGCAGGCAGAGCCUUACUCUGUCAGUAAGAUGCCAGCCAGCUGCACCAAAGGCUUUGCUUCCAAUAGUGAAAGUCCAGCUAACUAAUUGAUAUUUAUGUUUAUGUUUUUGGGAGUUUAAUACUGUUAUAUGAAUAUUAUGAUUUUAUAUUUUGAAGCCAAGAAAUAACAAUGCAGGUGCAUAACUCUGCACUUUCUGUCUUUAUCUUGCUUAUUUUGGGGAACAAUAAUUCAGUUAUUUGAUGCUUAAGAAGUCUCAGUGUUGUCAAUGAGGAAAUCAGGGUUAGCAGUAAGUAGAUUUAGAUAGUUUCCCUUUACCUUUUCCUGAGUCUUGACCUUAUAACCAGACUUAUAACCAGAAACCAGAAUCAUACAUGCUCUUUAGUUACUGUAGUGAUAAGAUAUUUGAAAGUGGGAGUUAUUUGUGUUUUGCUUAGAGAGGGAGACCCAGGUCAAGAUAUAUACCUACUGGUGGAGACUGACCAAGAUGCAGCCUAUUGAUUCAGAUUGGUAGAAGGUUGAGGAGAUGAGAUUGAGGAGGAAAAUGUUUGGGAGAAAAAGUUUUUGUUAUGAGUGUAUGCCAAGUACAUUGAGAGUACAUACUAGGACUUGCUAGAAGUAUGAAGAAAAGGUUUGUGGCUCCUUAUCUUAUUAUGUGAGCACUAUAUGAGAAUUUGCCAUAGAUAGAAUGGGAUAAGACUGAUUGAAUCCAAGACAAUGAUAUGAGAGGAAAAGCCUAGAAUUUACUAGGCUUUACACCAAAUUUCCAAGUUUCUUCACUCCAGAUCAGUGCCUUUACUCUAUGUAUACAAAGCUUCUUUUUGAAAUUUAAAUGGAAAACUGUCUUGAGGAUUAGGCAAUGAUAGUGUUAAGACUGUCUGUAAUGGUAGGCAACAUGUUCUGCUUAUAGAAGCAGCUUUCUCCAUUUACAGUAAUUACUAAGUCUCGGUUUAAGUACACUGGAUGCAUGUAACACUUCUGUUAAUGCUAUUUCCCAGCAUAAUCCACAGUUUACAAAAUCAUAACAUUUCUUAACUUAAAGACGAGCAACUGUGAGUAAAUUUGUUAGCUUUCUUAAGACAUGAAUGGUAGAAGAAAAGUGUCCACAAAAUGUAUUUCUCUGAGACAGAUUUGUGCACUGUAUGUUCAUAAUGUUAUUGUAAGCACUACUUAAUAACCGAGCAUAUACCAAAUAAAUAUGCCAUUUCAAGAACAAAAGUGCAGAUUGACACAGAAUGGAAAUGCACUUCAUAGGAGAACAGGCAGCCUGGUACUGUGCAUGCAGUAUAACCUUUGGUCUUGCCUUUUCUCAUAAAAUAUUGAUUGUAGAAGGCUCUCUAGAGAAAGUUAAGCAAGUGCCUAAACCAGUUAUUCUUAUAGCAGAAGAUAGGCUUUAAAGAUGACACUAUUAGAACACAACUGUAAAAAGCUGUUAUAAGUGCCACCUGUAAUGUAGAACAAAAAAUAUAUAUUUUUAUGGUUAUAAAAGGCCCCCAAUGCUGUCUUGAUUAACCUUUUCUUACUGCUUUUCUAUGCAUCUAUAGACAAGCAUAAUUCACCCUUUGUGAUUUUUUUUGUUUUGUUUUAUACUCUUUGUGUAAUUUAAGAAACUGAAAAGAAAAUGUUAUUUGGAAGCAAACUGACAAUGUACCUGAGCAUAAUAAAGCUGAUUUCAUAAUAAG